CUAGCAAGGAGAACACAAACGCCGACUCCGAGCAGCGAAAAAAGAAAAAGAGGGGAGACUCACAGCCGGGAGAACCAGCCGCAGCCAGUUCAUGUCACAAGAGGAUCUGGACUCGUUUACGACGUUUAUGUAGCUCGAGUAGACGUCGCCGAUAUAAAGUAAAGAAGUAUUGAUUAAAAAUACACCCGGAGGAGGAGCCCGUAACUCGGGGGUUGAACUUCUUUUUUUCCUGCCAGAACAAAGUCGGAGCGGCAAGGGGAGUGAUACCUACCGAACGCGGGAGAAAAGAAGAAAAAAAAUGGAGGGCCUGCACUCCCACUGCCUUCGAUGCAUCAACAGAAGAUGCAUGGUGAGACCGGAGACGGGCGUCUGCUGCAACCUCAUCUGCUGUCCCCUCGUCUGCGGGGCAGUUUUUCACUCCUGCAAACUAGAGGAACACCGUCUCCUGUGUCGAUACGAGCGGCUGCCGUGCCUCAACAGAGGAUUUGGCUGCCCGUUCACCAUCGCGAGGAUCAGGAUGGCGAAACACCUCGCGACGUGCCCGGCCAGUAUCGUGUGCUGCACCAUGGAGUGGAAUCGCUGGCCCGUGAGCUACUCUGAUCGCAAGUCCUAUGAAAACUUGAGCAAAGACGUUGACGAGGUGGAGCAGCUAGAUAUGGCCUUGGCUCUGCAGGAUCAGAGGAUGUUGUUGGAGUCCCUGAAGGUCACGACCACCGUGUCAAAGAAUGGAGACAAGGAAGCCAAUGAAAGGGACAAAAUGGCCACGGCGUCGAGCCUGCCGGAGUCAGUGAUAGGUAACGUAACGGUGGAAAUGGAAGAGGAGCCUUAUAGUGGGUUGUAUAGAGCCUCGGCGGAGACCAGCCGAAGUUUAGCAGCGGCCUUGGACAUCCUCAGCAACGGCAAGGAUAUCGAAGUAAUCGUUGGAAAUUUAAAUGGCGAAAAGACUGAUAAGAAUGGAGCCCUCCGCAAUGGAGAUAGUCGUAAUGUUUAUGUCGCGGAGGGCGUGAAGAACGUAGACAUGCAGGAGAGCGACUCUGAUUCAGAGUGCGAGCUCGGAGCGGUCGGUGGAGUGGACUGCGCAGUCGGGACCGAUGGCGAAGACGACGUUCUCAGCUGGGCCGAAGAAAAGGAUUUCGUGGAGUUGGUUUUCGACGAGAAGGAAAACAUUAUCGAGGAGCCGAUAAAUGACUCCAACCUCGUCUGGCCAGAGAUGCCUCAGGACUACAUGCCGGUUGUGGCACUGCAACCCCCCGUGCCACAACAAGCGCCAGUUCCACAUCCGAUGCCAUUCCUGCUGUCCAAACAUGUGAGAAAUAACUUCUUACAGCAGUUACCCACUGAACUCCGGUACAGGUGUUUGGAGCGUAAACUACAGAACGUAGAAGUGCUCAGAGGAAUAAGUAUGUUUACAUUUAAUGGUCGCCGGGCUCUGCUGUCAGACCCUUACUGGUUCAGAGCGAAGAUGGAAGACAAGGCCGUGGACACGUCAGACCUGGAAGUAGCAGACGACCCGAUGGGCCUCAACGGCAUCGAUCUCAUCACGGCGGCGUUGCUCUUUUGCCUCGGCGACUCUCCGGGAGGCCGAGGAAUCUCCGACAGCAGGUUCGUCGACGGCUACCACAUCGACUUCGGGACUCAGACGUUCUCCUUCCCUUCGGCCAUCCUCGCAACCAACACGAUGGUGGGAGACAUCGCCUCGGCCUCGGCCUGCGACCACGCCAGCCCGCAGUUCUCCAAUCCGAGCCCCUUCCACACCCUCAGACUGGACCUGGUGCUCGAAUGCGUGGCUCGAUACCAAACGAAGCAGCGCUCCAUGUUCACGUUUGUGUGCGGGCAGCUAUUCCGGCGGGACGAGUUCUCGUCUCAUUUCAAAAAUGUUCACGGGGACAUUCACGCCGGACUCAACGGCUGGAUGGAGCAACGCUGCCCCUUGGCCUACUACGGCUGCACCUACUCCCAAAGACGAUUCUGCCCGUCUGUACAGGGCUUCAGAAUCAUCCACGACAGGCACCUCGGCUCGUUCGGGGUCAGGCCGGGUUUGCCCGUACAACCUGGGGAAAACCCUCCGAGGAAACCCCGUCGCUUCGGCUCCCGCUGCGACCAAUUCAGCGGUCUCCCGUUCGAAGUGCUGCAGCAUGUGGCGACCUUCCUGGACAGCUUCAGCUUGUGCCAACUGUCCAGGGUGUCCCACGCCAUGAGGGAUGUGUGCGCCAGUCUGCUCCAGAUGCGCGGCAUGGUCGUCCUCCUCUGGGAGAAGACGCGGCGUGCCGACGGGUCUUCCUCGUGGCAGAUCACUGACAAGGUGUGGCGAUUCAGCACGGCUUUCGGUACGGUGAACGAGUGGAAGUUCGCCAACAUCGCCAGCAUGGCCGACCACCUCAAGAAGUGCCAGUUCAACACGAUCACUCGUCGGGAGGAGGCGAUCCCGCUGCCCUGCAUGUGCUUCACCAGAGAGCUCACGAAAGAGGGGAGGUGUUUACGCUCCGUUCUCAAGCCAGUGGCAUAAUUCUAAAAGACGGGGGCAUCUUUUGGACUUUUCUGAGACCAUUAGAACUCCAAUACGUGUAUUCUUCUCCAGUGUUUACAGACAUAGCCUCCUCCAGCCUCAAAAAAACAUGUUCAACAGUUUGCCCGUUGCUCCAUAAUCCUCACUCCCCUAAAUAAGGCCAAGCCUGUCGGUGGCUGACGUGCUGCAAUCACAGAUCAGGACCGUAAACAAGCAAAUUAAAUGCUCGCCUUGUAUUUUCCCACUUUUUUUUAUGGAUUAACACCAGUGUAAAGUUUUACUCUUAUCGACUCUGACGUUGUAUUAAAAAGAACCAGAUGUUUUGAUGUAGAUUUUUUUGUAUUUUUAUAAUAAAAAAAAGUCAGUACUGUGCUACAAUGGCGGUAAGAGUUCAGCCUUAAACUUAUGAUACACUCGAUUUUUACACCGCAGUAAGAUUUACAGUUUACUGGUAUCGUGCACGGUUUUAUAUCUUAUCCCGAUACCUGGAGUGAGCUCUGCUUAGUGCGCGUAGAUUUCAUGGCGUUGUUCCACAUUUUAAGAUCUGAUCAAACAUCUGCGGUAGGCCACCUUACCGGAUCGUCUUCACCGUGAUGUGUUGGUUUCCGUCACCGUCGACGUGUUUUGGUGUUUUUAAACAGAGUGUGGUUUGGCCCGUCAUGGAGCAGAGACGCUCCCAUCUCACCUCCUGACUAAAUGGGGUGGCAUGUUAGUCAGGUGAGAGGUGAAGUAACACUCUUCACCAGCCAAAUGGCAACGCGUGUUUUAGCUGUGGUUGGCUUGUGGUUUUGUCUGUUCUACCAGCUACUUUUAACCAGCAAUUGUUUGUAGGUUUUAUACAAAAAACAACAACAAAUGUAGCAAAUAAAAUGAUGAAUGUACCUCCUUGAAAUAUAUAAGAAUCCAUCAAGUGACUGUGGUCAAGACCUCAUGAAAAAAAAAAAAAAAAAAAAAAAAAACCCUGCCGGCCAGGUGUUAAGAAACGAGAAACGGGCACCCGCUUCCCUCCAGUAACGAGCGCCACUAAAUGUUCGUAUUCAUUAUUUAUCACGGUUGUAUUUGGUUGUUUUUGUCACUACAUGUCCACUGUGUUCAAGUGGUGUUGGCGUCUCAGGGUUGUAGCAUGAAGCUUUGUUGCGCAGCACGUGUGUGUGUGUGUGUGUAGUCAGCAGAAUUAGCUGAGAACGACUAGUCAGCUACUUGAUUAUUAUGGGGUCUAAGAAGACCCAGACUAGUGUACCGCUCAGUAUUCUCCAUUUACAUACCGGUGUGUGUGUGUGUGUGUGUUGCAGUGCCGGACGAAUAAGUUACACGUUUGUCAUCCGUCAGCGUCGCGUUUAUUACCGAGGAACCGAAAUAGUUCGGCGGACAUACAGCGAGAGCGUUUUCUGUGAAUUAUUAUUAUUAUUAUUUGUUUUGUUUGGAUUUUAAAAACACGGUCUAACUGAACUGAAGACAUGUUUUGCUCUUUUAUGUGAACGUGUGUUUUUGCAACGUGCAUUUGAGAUUGUUUUGGAAAUGUCACAGUAAAAGUAACCGAAGAAAAUUCAUAAUCCUUUGAAGGAAUUUGUUGGGUUUUUUUUUUUAACCAUUUUUUUUUUUUAAGUUUGAUGUAAAGCCCAAGUGAUGACAGAACUAAGCUGUUUACUCUAAUAAGUACCGAUCCGUGUUUGUUUUAUUUCAUUUUUUUUGUACUGGUACUUUUUAUUUGUGGAAAAAAGAAAGAAAAAUGCUUCUGUAAUGUCUAGAUUUGUAUUUUAAUUAUUGAUUUGCACAUGAAGGCGUGUACUGUAACAUUUGAAUUAUAAUGCUGAGGGGUUAUCUUUGCUUGAAGCAGCCAGAAUUUUACUCCCUCGUGUUUUUACAUGCGAGUUUGACGCCUUUGGAAGAUCUUUCAUCAGUUCAACUCCAAACUCAUUCGUACAGAUUAUCUCUCAGGCAUCAGUUUAGGACUUUUUUUUUUUUUUUUAAACUUGUGUCAUGAUGAACCUCGGCCAGAUCUGAUCACAUGGACUCAUUCUUCAGGUUUAGUGGAUGGAGCUCUUUUGAGGUUCAUGCAACAAUAAGAGAAAAUUAAUUUAAUCUGCAGCACAUCACUUUUUGGGGGGUUUUUUGUAAUGCAUUGCAGGCACUUUGUUUUCACUCCUGCUGAAGUGGGGGUUUUCACUACAAUAUGCCAGCCUUGUUUGUUUGACUUUUGGAGCAUUUUAAUAAAGAUGAAUAUCAGUUUUUAAA